GGGUCGGGGAGGCAGCCUUACCCUCCCACGAUCGGGCCCCUGGCAGAGCCGCCUUCAUGACCUCGCCACGAGUAUCUGAGCCGGCAGAGAGAUCCCCGUCAGGGAAGGGUGGGCCGAGAGAGGUUCCAGCCUCUCCCCCGAGAUGGAGGAAGCGGCAGUGGGGGCAUCUCGGCCAGACCUUUCAUUUUACAGAGGAAGAAAUGGAGACACCUUUCCCCCCGCCCCCAAGAGUUUAACCGGCAUAUCCAAGGUCAGGGUUCGAGGAAGAAUUUGAACUCCGGUUCCCUGACUCGUGGUACAGCAGAAAGUGUGGGUUCAUGGAGUCAGAGCACCAGAUGUCAAAUGUCAUCCCUGAUACUUAUUUGUGGCAAGUCAAGUCAUCUCUCUGGGUUUUUUCCAAUUUCUUCUUGUAUUAAAUGACGAGGGUCGAUUCCAGCCUGACCUUAUGACUCCAAAUCCAGGGCGCUUUCCAUAGAGCCACACUGACUUCUCUGGAGUCCAGCUUCCCUUGCUCUAAAGGAUGCAGUGGUCUAAAUGAUCUACAAGGGUCUUUGGGGGGCUUUAAAUUUAAAAAAAAAAAAAAAAAAAUCAUUCAGGUCCCAUCCUGUGGCUCCUUGAAUUGGUUUCCAGUUUGAAGACUGUCCAUUCACUUGGAGGCCUUGCUUUGGAAGACUCAGCCUUUAUUUUCCUUAAAGCUUUUCUCUGGGUCAUAAAUAUUAAAAAUUGAAAGACACUUUAGUUAUCACCUAGCCAAUUUCCCAAUUUUGCAAAGGAAACAGGUCUAGAGGGGCAGAGCGACUUGAUCUGGGUCCCCAGAGUUAAUGUUUUGACCAGAAACACUGAGGGUCUUCUCCAAGAUUUGUUUAUUUAAUUUUUGUUUGUUUUUCACUAAGUGAAAAUGGGCAGUCUUUGCCUCAAUUUCUACUUAGCCUUAAUCAUUGAAGGGGUGUGGCCUCAGUCAAACUUGAGACCUAUUGAAGACUUUAGCUUAAAAAGGUCAAGGUCUCCCAUUGCCUGCAGGGCCAUCUCCAGUUCAGAUCUGUAUUUAGCCACUGGACACAGAAAGCUCUGGCGCAAGUGACCUUGCACAGCCCUUCCUCCCUCCCUCAAAAUCCAGUUCACCUGCAUGUCAUGCAUGGCAUCACCUCCCUGAUGUGAUCUUCAGGAACAAAGGAACAAACACAAAGCAGAAAUAAAAUUUGAGCCCAGAACCUGUGAUUAUAGCUCUUCACUGUGAAUAGUAGUGCCUCCUGCCAUUCAAGACUUUGAACAUAAAGCUUCUCAUUCAAGCAUUAUGUUGUUUGGGUGCUCCAGAAUUCUGGAGGGAUGGGAUGGUAGUGGUGAAUUGGACCCAGAAGACUUGAUUUGAUAGAAGAGGAAAGAGCCUGGACCAAUGACUCUUACUUAAUAAAGCUCCUCCUGAGGUCCUGAUUUGAGGGUGCCAAGUCUGGGCUGUUUUUCAGAGCAUUAGUCACUCAAAGAUUUGUCAGCACUAAUCAUAACUUACUCUGAAUCUGGAGAGCCAUCCUUUGAUGAGGUCAUAGGUAUUGUAUUCUUAGCAUUCAGUUUCACCUCUUCCUGUAGGAUGAAAAGAGGUCCUAAAGAUUUCUCAUGCAUUGUCUAUUAAUUGAAAUCUAAAGGACUUAAGUAUUAUACUAGAAGAAAUUUUACCCCUUAGGAUUUAGAUGAGAGGUUAGAGUUUCUUUAAGGGAGAAUGAUUUCUGAGAUGGAAAUCAAAGAGUCUGGUUUCGCAACCACAUAUAUGGUCAUGGGCAGAUCAUUUAAUGUCUCUGAGUCUCAUUUUCUCCACAUCUGUUAAACUAAGGAGUUGGAAUAGGUGCCUACCUCGGUUCCUUCCAGUGAUCCUGUGUGCUUAGUCUAAACUCCUCAUUUAGCUGAUAAGAAAACUGUUCCAGAGGAGAUGGUGGCCAAGUUUGAUGGUCUGACCUCCUUCCCUAAUCUCAUGCUUUUCAAAUCAUCUGGUAUUGGUGACUGUGUAGAAUGUUAAUCUCCUGGUUCCUUGUAAGCCUCUAUCCAGACAAAUUCAGAUUCUCUUACUUUACUCAUAAUUUAUUUCCUGAACCCUUAACUUGGAUUCUCAAAGCUCUGAAACUUUCCUGCCAUAGUUACCUUCUCUCCAAAUGUGUCUUACUGUCUAUCAAUAUGGAUGUGAUGGUGAAUUUUUGUAGGUGAUCCUAUUGAAACAGCUUUAGGGUUUGUCUGCUAGAGCUCAGUCUCUGUCCCACUUAUAAACCUCCCAACUUCCACAGGGCCCAAAAAAGGUCAGGUGGCUCAUGUUUAUUUAGUUUUCAGGUUACAGAUAAUUGUAUUGAUUUUGCAGUCAGGAAUACAUUGGGAAAUUAAUGUGUUGUGUCUGAAAGUAAAGAGAACACAUUAGAAGGGAUGCAAUCUCCCUCAUUGCCUCAGCAGUGUUUUCAGGAAGUCAGUUCUGAUGACUUAACUUAUAUACAGGGUGAGAGGGUUCUCAGUUAUUUCAUUUUCUCAGUGUCUCUCAUUCUUCAGUUGCAUGAUAGGAAGAAAAAGCAUUGCUAUCAAAACUCUUUAAAACUGGUCUUUGCUACUUUGCAGAUGAGGAAACCAAGGCUUAUCAAGGCUAAAUGAUUUGGCCAAAGUGACAGUUACCAAAUGGCAAAGUCAAAAAUAGAAUCUAGAUGUCCCUGAUUCCUGUUUAGGGUUUUUCUAUUAUACUUGCAUUGUAAAUAAAAUUCAGGUAAUGUCAGUCAGUCUAUUUACUAGAUUCUUGACCUGAAGGAAAAUGACUAAAUGAGAUUGUGAAUCAAGUCUGACUGCUUCAGGGUGGAGAUGUAUAAAACUCACAAAUGAGUAUAAUUCAUGUGUGUCAUCCUGCUGUACUCUUUCUAUUGCUCAUCCCUACUCUCCUAGAGGAAACACUUGGUUCAGUUCAAGCUUAGGAUCUGUUCCUUUCAGGCACCAGGCUGGAAAAAGGAUCUGAAUGAAAGUAGGGAAAAGUUACUGGUCCCUAGGAUUUCUGCCUGCUAUACAUGGGCCUGAAGAAGUACUCUAAUUCUGCCAAAUAUGGCUUAUAAGAGAAAUCUUUGAGAUAAACUCAUUGUUUUAGGGUCAGGGAAAAUAAAAAAAAUCCAGCUCCACUACUGUAUUCAUUUAGUUCAACUCAUUAUAUUUUCAAAACUGAAAGCUUGGCUGUAGUCAUGCCUGGGGCUACCUCUCCCACCUGUAUCCUCCAAAACCUCUCUGAUGCCAGAGGCUUUGACUCCCAUUCUACAUUGUGAAUUCCCUCUUCCUCUGCCUUGUCCCUAACCAUCAUUCCUCUAUUUGUGCUGAAUUUAAACUCCUUGAUGUGGCAGUCUCUCUUCUCUUCCCCUUUUUUAUUUGUAGCAAUUUUUGUCUAUGUGCCCUGCUUCUAUCUCUGGGGGAAGAGGCCCGAUCUAACCAGCUUUCGUCCAUCAGCAAGUUGUACCUGGGGUUUCUUUAGUAACAGUGAAGGGGAAGAGUUGGCAGGGCACUGAGCAGUAGUGGGUCACAGCCUGAUAGAGAGAUGGCCACCCACGCCCCCCUCACUGAGUUGGCAGGAAUGGCACCAAAAGAAAGCUCCAAAUACUUUCAGAGCUCAAGUGCGCCUUUUACCAACUCCAGCGGCAAGGACGCGCCCCGCUGGUGGCAUAAGAGGAAGAGCCGGCGGCACCAGCGCUUCAUGAUGCACAAGGCCCUUCUGGAGAAGCGAGGGGUGUUGGGUACCCCCCCAGAGUCAGAGGGCACCCUCCAUUUGGCCAGAUCAGGGGUUCUGGAGGAAACAGAGAGGACCAAGUAUAAUGUACAUCCUGCCACACUUGGAUCACUUGGCACCCAGCCCAGAAAAAAGCCCAUUCAGAAGAUUGAAUCCAGCAAAGGCACUACCUCUGGCCAUUCUGUGCCCAACAAGUGUGUGGCCAUUGACUGUGAGAUGGUGGGCACUGGCCCUGGGGGGCGGGUGAGUGAGCUGGCCCGAUGCUCAGUGGUAAGCUACCACGGGGACGUUCUGUAUGACAAAUACAUCCGGCCUGAGACACCCAUUGUGGAUUAUCGGACCCGCUGGAGCGGUAUCACCCGCCAGCAUAUGAAGAAUGCUAUCCCCUUCAGGGUGGCACAGAAGGAGAUCCUUAAACUGCUGAAGGGCAAGUUGGUGGUGGGCCACGCACUCCAUAAUGACUUCCAGGCUCUCAAAUACUUCCAUCCCCGCAGACAAACUCGGGACACCCUUUCUGUCCCUAGCCUAAUCAACCAAACGGGUUUCCCUGUCCGAGCCCAAUCCUCUUCUCUCAAGAACCUGGCCCUGCAGCUGCUGAACAAAAGAAUCCAGGUUGGCCGGCAUGGGCAUUCGUCUGUGGAAGACGCUACAACUGCCAUGGAGCUCUACCGGCUGGUCGAGGUGCAGUGGGAGCGGAAAGAGGCCAGCAGCCACCCCUCAAAUUGUGAGGAGAGCCCCCAGGACAGCGGCACAGACACGGAGCACUACAUGGAAGACCAGUUCUGGCUAGAAGAGCAGACUGAAGGCUAGCAUCUGAGUGGCCACUGCUGACCAUGGGAGACUAUACCAGGGAGGAAGACGUCAUCGCCAUGGACUGUGAGAUGGUAGGAGUGGG